AUGACAAAAUCGUGUCUGUACGCGUAUAUCCCUGAAAAUCGGUUUUGGGGCAGCACGAAGGGGACGUUACCCGGGACAACCCGGCUUUGUGGAAAGGUAGAAGGCCAGCCCAAUGGUGACACAAUCCCAGCUGAGCAAGCCAAUCCUUCAGAUGACACUGGUGCUGGUGCUGGGAGUCGUCAGAAUGAUCAGAUAGUGCAGAAAAUAGAGGAAGUGCUCUCUGGAGCCCUUGCUACAGAGCUGCAGUGCAAAACAGAUGUAGACAAAAAUACUGUGAAAAGUAGUACUAAGUCUACAAAAAGAAGCUCUACUGGUGAAGAUGAAAUUCCUAGGAAAAAAUCAAAGAAGAACAAGAAACACAAAAGUAAGAAGAAGAAGAAAAAGAAGAAGAAAAGGAAGAAAGAGAAAAAGCAUAAAAAGCAGCCAAAGGAGUCAAAAUUGAGUACACGUCAUGGAGAACAUGCAGACUUGCAGCCUGCUUCUCACUUGGUGCCAGAGAAAUCAAGCUCCAAAUCGAGUGUACAGCAUGGAGGAUUUGGAGACGCAAAUCUGGCUGUCCAAGUGCAGCCAGAAGAACUGUGCUUAAAAGCAAGUGAGAAGCUUGAUAGUCAAGCUUUAGGACUUGUUUCUCAUUCAAGAACUGAUUCUCAGCAAUCUGCGGAAAAUCUUGGAAGUGAGAAGGGGACUUUGUGUGCAACAAAUCCUCCGUUUAAUUUAGAAGGCAGCCAGUCUGUUAUUCAAGAAAAUGCUAGUAUAACUCAAUCUAAAAUUUGCACUAGAGAAGAACAAAUUAAACAGUCUCAUGAAAAUAUUUAUCCUAUAGCUAUUAAUGUGAGUGAAAAGGAUGUCCUUGUUGAUACUGGAAAUGAUACUUCAUCUAGCAUCCCAUCUGGAGUUUCCAAUACAUCUGAAAUUCAGAAAGAUUCAGCAGCAACUCUAGCUUCUGAGGCAAUAGAAGCACUAAAAGGUUCAGAAGUUAUUCUGACAUCUAAAAGCACUGGGGGAGUAAAAGCUUUGGAAACAGUUUUUGAGCCUGAGACCAUGGAGGUGUUGAAAUACUCAGAAGCAUCUCUACAAUCUGUGGCACAGGGGGGAGCAAAAGAAUUAGAAACAACUUCAGCAUCUGUGUCUUUGGCAAGUGAUGUGACAACAAUUCUGAAAUCUGCAAAUCAGGCAGAUCUGAAUACUGUGAAGGUAGCUCACAUGUCUGUGGCCAUGGAAGAAGGGAAAAUUCCAGAAGCAACUGAAAAAUCUCUGCAUAUGGGAAAUGUGGAAAGAUCAUUGGAAUUAGGGGGUGUGAGCAGAACUUCGGAGCCAGCCCUGAAGCCCUCAGUUAUAUCUGAUAAUUUGAGAGUGAUGCAGUGCAGCCCCAUGGAGGGUUCAAGUGUCUUGAAGGCAGAUGUAUCUUUGCAACAUGCUUUUAAAAUACCUGCAGCGACUGCUGUGACCCAGGUGGAAAUAAAAAGUGCCAAAAUACUGCCAGAAUCAGGAGCUGUUACAGAAGUGAGGGAUAUUGAACUAGCUAGAAGCUCUAGCUCAGUCAAGGCAGCUCAAGAAUGUCUGCAAGUUGAAGUAGUCAAAGGCGUGGAAGGUACUGCAACAGUGCUGAAUGCCGCAGGAGUGUUCCUACAACCUGAAGUCUUGACAGAAACAAGCAGCAUGCAUAGAACCCAGGAAUCUGCACUUCCAGCAGAAUUGACAGAUGCGAAUGUGGUUGCAGAGGCAAAAGAUUUAAGAACAACUCUAGAAUCUGUAGCGGUUAUGCAGACUUCCCUUCCCCAAACAACUCCAGAAAUCCAGAUGGCGGAGAGUUUUAAAGGUCCACGAACAACUGUGGAAGUUGCAGCACUAACAGGAGUAAAAGGUCAAGAAACAAGUCAAGCUAUUCUGCAACAGGAAAAUACUAAUGCUUCAAAAAUUUCAGAAUCUACUCUGAAGUCUGUAGCUGUAACAGAGUCAAAAGAUUCAGAAGGUACUUCAUUACUGAGACAACCAGAGAAGCUGAGUGAAUCAAAUGUGAAAGGUUUGGAAGCAACUCCCUUGUCUUUGCAGAAAGAAGAUGUGAAAGGUCCAGAAGGAGUCCUAAGGUCAGUGGCUGUGGUGGAAGCAAAAACUUUCAAAACAGCUUCACUGUCUUUGCAAAUGGAAGGCGUGAAAGCCUCAGAAGAAGCCACGCUUUGUGGGACUGUGGCCAGAGGUUUAGCAGCUACACUAGGUUCAAGAGCGGCGUUGAAAGGUUCAGAAAUAAGUCUAGAUAGUAUGACAGGAGCAGAAGCAGGCUCAGAGGGUGGUCUCCUAGCUAUGACAGUGGGAUCUGUGAGACCAGUGAAAAGUUUGGAAACAACUGUGGGACUUGUAGCAGAGACAGAAAGGAAAGAUUCAGAAGCAGACCUUGACAGAGCUGGGACAGAGAUGAAGACAUCUGCAUCACACCUGCAUGUGAAAGGUGUGAGAGGUUUAGAAGGCCCGGUGUCUGUAGCAGAAACAGUUGCAGAACCUCCUGGUGCAAGCAAAACAGAGAGUUCCAUCAUUUCACAGUCUCAGGUCAUGACACAUACAAGAACCUCACAAACUGAGAUGGUAGGGGUAUUAAAGGAUUCUGAACUAGCUACCAGUUCUGCCACUGUAGAAGUGAGAGGUUUAGACAACUUCUCGGAAGUUGAGGCAGUUGCAGCCAUGAAAGAUGUGGAAGCGAGAUCAAAAACUUCAUACUUAACACAGACGAAAAAUUUUGAAAUGGUUGUGGGGUCUGGAACAAGUUCAAAAUCUGUACGGGAACAAAUAGUAGGUCAUUCAGAAGCAGUAUUAGAGUCUUUGCCCAGAGUAGAAGAAAAAGGUAUGGCAUCAGAAAUAGUGACAGAAGUGAGAAACUUGAAAGGAACUUUAGAAUCUAAGAUUUUGACAGAUGUGAGAACUCAGGGACCUACUGUAGAAUAUAUAAUUGCAACAAGGAGGACAAGCACCAAAAAAAAUGAGCCCUUGCUUAUAAAUGUAAAAGAUUUGGAAGAAGCUUCAGAAACAGAGAAUGCAAUGAAAGCAAAAUAUUUGCAGUCGGCAUCAGAAGCUAGAGAAGUGAGGUUGUUGGAAAGUAUGGAAGAGUCUACAACAGUAGAGGUGAAAGGUUCUGAAACAGCUGGAGAGCCGGAGGUACACGUGAAUAUCCAAGGUCUGGAAGAUUCACAGAAGUCUGGAAACGUGGGCGUGAUGAAUGUUUUAGAGGACGCUUCAGAAGCUGUUCCAGAAUCUUUGCACACUGAAAAGCAAGAACAUCUGCAAGCAGUACUAGAAGAAAAACCUGCUACAGAAUGGAAGAGUACAGAAGAGGUUCCAGAAGUCUUGAGCGCUGCUGAAAUGCAAUCACCUGAAGCUGUUCCAAAACCAGGGGACAUGAAAGAUCUGGAAACAACGCUGGAAUGUGAAGUGGCAGCAGAAGUACAAUAUGCAGAAGGGGUGCAGGGUCAACAAAUGGAGGAUGUGAGAGUGCCAGGUCAAGCUCAGGAAUGCGAGAUACUGGUUGAGAAGAAAGAUGCAGAGCAAGCUCAAGCAUCUGAACCUUUAAUAGCGGAAACAGUUUUUAGUUCUUCACAUGCAGCAGAAGAAAAAAAUUCAGCAGAGACUCCUGAAUUUGGAAUAAUUGGAGACACAAACCAGUUGGAAGCAGCUUCAGCUUGUGUGGCAGAAACAGAAGAUUUGGAAACUGCUCCUGUUCCUGAGACUGUUGUAGAGCUGGAAGAUGCAGAAACAGCUGUGGGGUUGGAGGCAGAGACAAAAGAUUUGGAGGCGGCUCCAGUACCUGAGACUGUUACAGAAGCAGUUCCAGUACUUGUGGCAGAGGCAAGCCAGUCGGAAGCCAUUUCACAGGCUGAGGCUGUCAGAGAAGCAACUCCAGAACAGGAGUCGGAUAAAAGAGAUUCAGAAACAUCCGAUGUGCAACCCGAUGUGGCGGCACGAAUGAGGGAGACUCUGAUGAGGCUUGAGAAAGUCGAAAAAAGCAGCCAUAGAAGCAGUGAUAAAAAACAUGAUGCAAAGAAACAAAAAAGGAGUCACUCCAAGUCUCAGUCCAGGUCUAGGAAGCGGAAGAAAAAAUCAAGGUCACGUUCUACUUCCAGGCGUUUGACCUCUAAAAGAGCACGUUCUAGGAGCAGAAACUAUUCAGAUUCCAGAAAAAAACAUUCCAAAUCUAGAUCCCGAUCUGUGGAGAAGAGAGAGAGAAGAGUGUCUUCCCGGAGGUCCAGGCGCAGACGUUCCAGGUCGUCUGACCAUUACAGGUCUAAAUCCAGAUCAGCAGAAAAGAGAGGGAGCAGAUUGUCCUCUGGGAGGUCCAGACGUAGACGUUCCAGGUCGUCUGACCGGUACAGGUCUAAAUCCAGAUCAGUGGAAAAGCGACUGUCCUCCCGAAGAUCCAGACGUAGACGUUCCAGGUCUUCUGAUCGGUACAGGUCUAAGUCCAGGUCAGUGGAAAAGCGACUGUCCUCCCGAAGAUCCAGACGUAGACGUUCCAGGUCUUCUGACCGCUACAGGUCUAAGUCCAGGUCAGUGGAAAAGCGACUAUCUUCCCGCAGGUCUGGGCGCAGACGUUCCAGGUCUUCUGACCGCUACAGGUCUAAGUCCAGGUCAGUGGAAAAGCGACUAUCUUCCCGCAGGUCUGGGCGCAGACGUUCCAGGUCUUCUGACCGCUACAGGUCUAAGUCCAGGUCAGUGGAAAAGCGACUAUCUUCCCGCAGGUCUGGGCGCAGACGUUCCAGGUCUUCUGACCGCUACAGGUCUAAAUCACGGUCAGUGGAAAAGAGGGGGAGCAGGCUGUCCUCCUGGAGAUCCCGCCGCAGACGUUCCAGGUCUUCUGACCGUUCUAAAUCAAGAUCCAGGUCGUCAGAAAAGAGAGGGGGCAAAGAAUAUUCAUGGAGGUUCAGACAUAGAGGGUCUGGUUCCUCUGAUCGUUCAAAAUCUAGGUCAAGAUCUGUAGAGAAGAGAGGUCGAAAGGCGUCUCUGAGGAGGUCUAAACGUCAGCGCUCGAAGUCCUCUGACCGGUACAAGUCUAGAUCCAGAUCAGUAGAAAAAAGAGAUCGAAAGCAGUCAUCGCGAAAGUCUAAACGUCAGCGCUCAAAGUCCUCUGACCGUUACAAGUCUAGAUCCAAAUCAGUGGAAAAAAAGAAGGAGUCCUCACGAAAAUCUAAGCGUCGCCGCUCAAAAUCUUCUGAACGUUACAAGUCUAGGUCUAGGUCUGUUGAAAAAAAGCGCAAGGAAUCUUCAAAAAAGUCCAAACGGAAACGGUCGAAGUCCUCUGAUAGUGUUAAGUCAAGGUCGAAGUCUAUAGAAAAACGAGAGAGUAAGUUAUCCUCAUCAAAGUGCAGUAGCAAGCACAUGGAGUCCUCUGAGCUUACGGAGUCAACCAAAUGCCUUGAAAAAGAGGUUCCUGAACCUCCUGUUGCAAGUGAAGGCAGCUCUAAAUCCUCUAAUGGUCCCAUGUCGGUAGCUUUGUCUGUUGAAGGAGUAAACGGCCCAGAGCUACCGCCAGCAUCUGAAAGUGGAUUUUCCAAAACUUUUGAUAGUCUUGAGAAAAGCUCCUCACCUGUUGAAAAAACAGCAGGUCUGCAGCCUUCUGUGAUGUCUGAAUUUGAUAGCUCCAAAACCCCAGAUGACCAGGAAUUGAGAUCCGUGCCUGUGGAAAAAACAGAGGAUUCGGAGCUUUCUGCAUCUGAAAAUGGAUCAGCUGAAAAAGCAGUGGUUCUGGAGUCUUCAUCACUACCUGAACUUACAUACUCCACACCCAAGUCAAGAUCAUCAUCUGUUGAAAAAAGGGGAGAUCCAGAAACUUCUUUGGUAACAGAAUUUCAGCUUUCCGCAUCCCAUGAAGAUGAGUCAAGAUCUACCUCUCUCAAAGAAACAGAGGGUCCAGAGCCUCUUCUGACACUUGAAAGUGGAUGCUCUGUAUCUUCUGAUGAUUACAAGACAAUCUCCUCGUCCUCUGGAAAUAUGGAGGUUCAGGGGUCUUCUCUGAUGUCUGAAUGUGUACUCUCUGACUUGUCCGAUGGUCAUGAAUUGAGACAUACCACCGUUGAAAAACAAGAGCUUCAGAAGUUUUUGCAAGUACCUGAAAGUGAAUCUUCCAAGUUGGCUGACAGCCCUGAAACAAUAGAGGCUCAAAAAUCUUUUCAAGCACCUGAAGUUACAUGCUCUGCAUUCCCUGAUGUCUGUGAAUCAUCCUCCUUGCCUAUUGAAAAGGGCCAAAUGCAGGAGCCUUCUCUGGUUUCUGACAGUGGAUGCUUCCAGUCCCCUGAUGGACAUGGAUCAGGAUCCAGCUUUGCUGCACAAAUAGAUGAGCUUCCACUGAUGUCUGAAGGUGGGUCCUUCAAGUCACCUGAUGGAAAUGACCAAAGAUGUUUAUCUGUUGAAAAAGUAAGGGCACCAGCUGUUUCCUUGACAUCUGAGUGUGGUCCUGUUGAGAUCUCUGGUGACCUCGUAGCAGUGUCAUCUUUUGAAAAAAUGCAGGAAGUUGCACUGACAACUGUAGUACAAAGCUGCAAGUCUUCUGAAGUUCAUGAGUCCAGAUCAUCUAUUAACAUAGAUUUAGAUGGUCCGACACUUUCACAAGUACUUGAAACUGACUGCUCUGAAUCUUCUGAAAUGCAUGAAUCGAGAUACUUGCCUGCUGGAAAAAUAGAGGGUACAGGAUCUUUCUUGAUGUCUAAAAGUGUAAUUCCUGUGUGCCAUGAUGGCCAUAAAUCAAAACACAACUACUUUGAGAAAACAGAAGGUGCAACACUGUCAUUGGCAUCUGAACUUAGGUGUUCUGUCUUCCCUGAAGGCUAUAAAUUGACACCCACUGCAGCUGAAAAAAUGGAGUUACAGAAGCCUUCUCUCCCUCUGGAGAGUGGGUACUCCAAGUCUACUGAUGUUUGUGAAUCAGUAAGCACACCUACUGAAAAACUACAGGCUGCAGUGACUUCUUUGACAUCUGAAGAUGGACUUUUGCUGUUGCCUGAUAGUCAUGAAUUGAGACCUAUCCCUGCUGAAAAAGUAGAGGUGCAAAAGUGCAUUGCAUCCCCUGAUGGCCACAAGUUGAGAUCUGUCUAUGAUGACGAAAUACAGGUGCAGGAGCCGUCUCCGAUACUGGAAAGCAGAUGUUCUGUUUCCUCUGAUGGUCAACAGUUGACAUCCACACCUUUUGAAAAAGUUGAGGUAGAGGAGCCUUCUCAAAUAACUGAAAAUGAAUACAGAAUAGGGCUUGAUGGCCCAGAGUUGACAUCAACCCCUGCUGAAAAAACGGAGAUGCAGGAACUUUAUCGAAUGUCUGAAGAAGGGUGUUCAGUGUCCAUUCAGAGCCAGGAGUUGCAGUCACUGCCUGUUGAAAAGAUAGAAGUGCAAGAGCCUGCUCUGACAUAUGAAAAUGAAUAUGCUGUAUCUUGGGAGGGCCAGGAGUUGAGAUCUAGCUCUCCUGAAAAGGUAGAGAUGCAGGAGGCUUCUGUAGUACCUGACAAUGAAUAUGCUGUAUCUUCUGAAGAUCACAAAUUGCCGUCUUCUCUUGCUGAGAAAACAGAGGUACAGGAGUGUUCUCUGCCGUCUGAAAAUGAAUAUGCUGUAUCUCCUGAACGCCGGGAGAUGACAGCCAGCCCUGCUGAAAAAGAGGUGCAGGAGCCUUCUCUGACAUCUGACAGUGAAUAUACCAUCCUCCCUGAAGACCAAGGAUUACAGUCUACCCUUGCUGAAAAAGCAGUGGUGCAGGAGCCUUCGCUUAUGUUAGACAGUCAAUAUGCUGCAUCCCCUGAAGGGCAGGAGUUGCUCCCUCUUCUUAAUGAAAAAACAGAGGUGCAGGAGUGUUCUUUGCUGUCUGAAAAUGAGUAUGAUGUAUCCCCUGAAGGCCAUGAUUUGAGAUCCAGCCCUGUUGAAAAAGAAGAAAUGGAGGAACAUUCAGAAUCAUCUGAAAGUGAAAGUUCGUUGUCCACUGAUAGCCAGGAGUUGCAGUCUACUGUUGAAAAAACAGAGGUGCAGGAGUUGUCAUUGUCUGAAGGUGAAUGUGCCAUGUCCCCUGAAGGUCAGGAGCUGCAGUCUAGUCCUACUGAAAAAGUAGAGACUAACGAACUUUCUCUGACAUACGAAAAUGAACAUGCUCUGUCCCUUGAAGAGUAUGAAUCAAGACUGACUCAUGCUGAGAAAACAGAGGAUAUGGAUUCUUCUUUGACGUCUGAAAAUGACCAUCCUUUGUCUUUUGAGAGCCAGGAGGUAAGAUUCACCCAUGUUCAAAAAGCAGAUAUGCGGGAGCUUUCUCCAACACCUGAAAAUGAACAUGCAGCAUCCCCUGAUGGCCAGGAGUUGAGAUUCUCCGCUGUUGGAAAAGUAGGCGGUUUUGAACCUUUGACGCUAAACGAUAGAGCCUCCAUGUCCCUUGAUGACAGUGACUUGAAAUCCGUCCCUGCUGAAAAAAUGGAUGAUGUGAUGCCUUCUUUAAUGCCUGAAGGUGGGUGCUCCAUGUCCCCUGAUGGCUACAGUGUGAAAUCUGGCCCUGGUGAAGAAACAGGGGAUCUAGAGCCCUCUUUGAUACGUGAACGUAGACAUUCCACAUCCUCAUAUCAGGAAGGUCAUGAGCUGAAAUCUCCCAUGGAGGAAGAGGGUCGAGAGUCCUCUUUGACUUCUGAACAUAGACGUUCUGUAUCCCCUGAGGGCCAUGACCAGAAAUCUAUAGAUGAAGAAAUGGAUGAUCGGGAGCCCUCUUUGACAUCUGAACAUAGGCGCUCCACAUCCCCUGAUGAGCAUGAGUCAAGAUCUAGCAUUGGUGAAGAAGCAGAGUAUCUGGAGCAGCCUUUGACAACGGAACGUAGAUGCUCUGUGUCUUCUGAUGAGCAUGAGUCAAGGUCUACCACUGGGGAAGAGGUAGAGGAUGCAGAACCCUCGUUGACAGCUGAACGAAGAGACUCCAUAUCUUCUGAUGAGCAUGGGUCGAGGUCUACCACUGGUGAAGAUAUGGAAGAUGGGGAGCCCUCUUCAACAGCUGAACGUAGACACUCCACGUCCUCUGAUGACCGUGAGUCAAGGUCCACAACUGGUGAAGAAAUAGAGGAGUUGGAACCUUCUUUGACAGCUGAACAUAGACGCUCUGUGUCUUCUGAUGGACGUGAGUCAAGGUCAACCACUGGUGAAGAAGCAGAGGACCGGGAGCUCUCUUUGACAGCUGAACGUAGACACUCCACAUCCUCAGAUGAACAUGAGUCGAGGUCUACCACUGGUGAAGAUGUGGAGGAUAUGGAACCCUCCUUGACAGCUGAAAGAAGAGAAUCUACAUCAUCAGAUGAACAUGAGUCAAGGUCUACCGCGGGUGAAGAAGGAGAAGAUAUGGAACCCUCUUUGACAACUGAACACAGACGUUCCACGUCACCUGAUGGGCGUGAAUCAAGGUCUACCACUGGUGAAGAAGUAGAUGAUGUGGAGCCAGCUGAACAGAGAGACUCCACAUCGUCAGAUGAGCAUGAAUCUAGCAGUGGUGAAGAGGGUGAGGAUGCGGAACCCUCUUUGGCAGAUGAAGAUAAACAGGAUUCCAUGGCUCUUGAGAGAUUGGAGGAACAGGACUCUUCCUUUAUACCUGAAAGUAGGCGUUCUGAGUCUUCUGAACGUGAAAAAUCUAGAUCCAAAUCUGUUGAUAAAAUAUCUGACAAAGAGUCUUCACGAAGAUCUGUAAGCAGAGGCUCAAAAUCUUCUACUCGCCAAAAGAGUCGAUCCACAUCUGUUGAAAAAGCAGCAGACAAAGAGUCUUCACGGAGAUCUAGACAUAGACGUUCCAGGUCUACUGCUCACCAGAAGAGUAGAUCUACAUCUGUUGAAAAAACAGCAGACAAAGAAUCUGCACGGAGGUCUAGACGUAGACGCUCCAGGUCUGCUGCUCGCCAAAGGAGUCAAUCAACAUCUGUUGAAAAAGCAGCAGACAAAGAGUCUUCACGGAGGUCUAGACGUAGACGCUCCAGGUCCACCGCUCGCCAAAGGAGUCGAUCCAAAUCUGUUGAAAAAACAGCAGACAAAGAAUCUUCACGGAGGUCUAGAAGCAGACGCUCCAGGUCUUCUCAGCGCAGAUCCCAGAGAUACGAUACAGAAUCUCGCUCUAGACGGAAUCGCUCCAGAUCAGUAACGCGGAGAAGAGCAUCAAGGUCAAAAUCUAAUCGUCGCUCUCGGUCUAGCUCGUUGUCACGUUCAAGGCACAGAAGGAGGAGUAGGUCAAGGUCAGCAUCAAGAAGGCGGCGUUCUUUAUCAAGAGACAGGCGUAAGAGAUCUCAGAGAAAUAGGUCAAGAUCCACUGACAGACGAAGAAGAAGAUCAGAUUCAAGAGAUCGUAGGAUAUCACUCAGAUUACGGAGCAGAAGUCGAACACCUAUUCGUCAAAGGCGAUCAAGGUCAAGAGGAAGAAGACGGAGCUCUAGUAGGUCACCAAUUCGACUACGGCGAUCAAGAUCUUCCGGGAGACGAAGAUACAGUAGAUCCCCUGAUCGUCGUAGGUCGAGGUCAUCGGAACGAUUUUCAAGCAGGUCACCUAAACGUCUUACAGACUUGGACAAGGCCCAGCUACUUGAAAUAGCCAAAGCUAAUGCAGCCGCCAUGUGUGCUAAGUCUGGUGUUCCUUUACCACCAAGCCUGAUGCCUUUGUUAUCUCAAAAGAAAGACGACAAAGCCAAUCAGAAGUCAUCAAGAGAUACUCUAAAGGAGCUCACUGAGAAAUGCAAGAAGAUUGCUCAAAGCACAGAUGAUGUAAUAGUGAACAAACCUCAUGUUUCUGAUGAAGAGGAAGAAGAACGUCCUUUCUAUAAUCAUCCUUUUAAGCUCAGUGAACCCAAACCUAUUUUUUUCAAUUUAAGUACUCCCAGCAUAAAACCAGCACCACCACCACAACCAAAAAAUCAGGUCAGCUUGUCAAAGGAAUUUCCUGUUUCAUCUGGGUCUCAACAUAGAAAAAAAGAGGCAGAUAGUGUCUAUGGAGAAUGGGUUCCAGUUGAAAAAGGCAAAGAAGACAGCAAGGAUGAUGUUUUCCCCAAACCAUCCAUUGAGGGUGUGGAUAUAACUACAGCUAUGAAUGAUCGAGCAGUGGCUCAGAAAAGGCUUAAUGAGAACACAUUUGAUUUAGAGGCCAUGUGCAUGUUAAAUCGUGCACAGGAACAGAUUGACGCCUGGGCUCAGUCAAACUCCAUACCUGGCCAGUUCACAGGAAGUACUGGAGCACAGAUACUGUCCUCAGAUGAGCUGACCAACAGUGGUCCCCAAGCAUGGAUUAGAAAGGAUCAGUUCUUAAGAGCAGCCCCUGUAACUGGAGGAAUGGGAGCUCAACUGAUGAGAAAAAUGGGCUGGAGAGAAGGAGAAGGGCUUGGAAAAAACAAGGAAGGCAGCGUUGAGCCUAUUAUGGUCGAUUUUAAGACAGAUCGAAAAGGGCUUGUUGCUGUGGGAGAGAAGGCACAAAAGAGAUCUGGACAUUAUGUUGUGAUGAAGGAUCUUUCAGGUAAACAUCCAGUUUCUGCGUUGAUGGAGAUCUGUAACAAAAGAAGAUGGUCACCACCCGAAUUUGUGUUGGUGGAUGAUAGUGGGCCUGAUCAUCGCAAACAUUUUAUCUUUAAGGUGAGAGUCAAUGGGAACGAAUACAGGCCUACUUUUGCCAGCCUUAAUAAGAAGCAUGCUAAAGCCACAGCAGCAACUGCGGCUCUCCAAGCGAUGGGACUUGUACCAAAGGAAAGCAUGGUUAAUACCACCAUGUUUAGGAGUGCCUCACACCGCUAGAUAUUGUUUUUUAUAUUGACAUUAUUUCAGAUAAUUUUACUCUGCACAAAAAUGGUAUUUGCCCUUUCAUGUUGUAAAUACAUCGGCAAUUCCCACGUUGUAAAAACUGUACAGACACCUUCAGGUUUUUCUUUUGUACCAUCAAAAUGUAUUUAAAUCAUACUUAGUUUUUGGUAUGUUUAUAUUGUUUACAUUAGUGAUGUAAUUAUUUCUUAAAUGACUAAAUCAGAUGACAGACUCUGGAGGCAUCAGUAAUCUAAACCCUUGUUUUAAAACUCAUGCAAUUUCUCUUCAAUACGGAAUGUUAACACUUUCAUACUGUUUUGUACUAUGCUGCAGUUUUCCCUGGUCUCGGUAAAGCUACUCGUGCACUUUUGCCGACAGCUGGUAAAAGGUCGUGCGGCUUACGUGGCUUACCUUAGUCUAGUCGAGGCUGGCGUGUACUGCUGGACAGAUACUGGGCCAGUACUGGGACCCCUGUGAGAAAGCCCGCGGCGGCAGCCCUGUUGUACAGUGUUAACGCUGCGGCUUCUCUUUGAAUUUCGUGUGGGGGUUUAACUCGGUGGUGCACUGCGACUGGCCGUACAGCCCGUACUCUAGGACGUACGCAAUUAGGCAAAAGACUUGCGUUCAAAGGGAUGGCAGAAAGUCCAGCAAUGGAACCGAUCAGACUUGCGAUGUAAAGGUGACUCUCCCUGCAUGUUCUAAGAAGGGAGAUGAUGGAGUUGUCUAUUCCAAACAAAUUAACACACUGCCUGAUGUUGAUUGUAUGAAUUUGUGGUUAAUGUGAAUUUUAAACUCUAACAAAUCUACAACUGGAUUCGGGGGGGAGGGAGGGGAUAGAAUGAUGCUUAAAUUGUUGUACCCAACUUGGUCAAUAAAGCAGCACAAGUUCAUAAUCUUAA